UUUGUAUCUUUUUUUGCAGGCGAUGAGAGCAUUCAUUGAAUCCAACUUUAAACUGCUGGAUAUAGAUAGUGAUGGAAUAGUGGGAGUAAAAGAAUAUCGUUAUAACUGUAUAACAAGAGUAGCCAUCGAUGAUAUUUCCCCCAUAGACAAAGCGUUCGAAACGUUACUGAAUGAUGAAGAUCGAAAGCGCGGAGGCCUCUCAUUAGAACGCUAUAGGGAACUUUAUGGUCAAUUUUUGGGAAACACAGCUGAUAACCAUCCAGCAGUAAACCUUUUUGGUCCUUUAUAAUCACUUAAAAUUUAAUUGUCUUCGCUGUUGUUCAACUACUAUUUUAUUAAGUUUUAUUUGUAAUUACUAUGACUAUAAAUUUACUACCACUAAGAUAUAAAGCAUUCACAUCAUUUUGUGUAGAAUCGUCAGAUAAAGAGUUCGUUAACUUUAAAUUUGUAUAACUAGAUAGGUCAAUUUGCUCUCAGAAGUUUAAAAUAGUAUACAAAUAUAUGUUGAUUUGCUCUCAUAAAAAGGCUCUUAAGUAAUUUGCCCCACUCUCGAAACCUGCAAGAUGUAAUUAUAUUGUUGCGUUAUAAAGAAAUUGUAAUAAGCUUAGCCAACAAAAUAAAUCAAUACUUAAAUACCAGCUAAACUAAAAAAAAUUAAA